AUGGUUAAGCUUCAGGAUGCUGGUGUAAUGGGGUAUUACACUGCCAGCGGUUACAGUUUCCAAUAUACCAUGUUCCAGUUAAACACGACAGACACGGGCUCAAUCGACCGACUAAUCGCGCCACUGAAGAUUCACUUCGACACGUAUAAUGCCACUGUGGAGUCCUCCUUCUUAUCCUCCUGGAUGCCUGCUUGGUAUUCAAUCGAGAAACUCUACCCAGCCGGUGGGGAUGCUGGUACAACUCGUGGAGUCAGGGCGACUCGCCUCCUAUCUCGGAGGGCGGUUGAAGAUACUGAAAUGUUUGCAAAGACGCUUGAAAUUAUUGGAACUCGAGAUAAAGGCUACCCUGACGGCGUCUCCAGUCCUUCCCUCUCCGGGACUACGACUAUCAGUCAUAGAGAAGUUGAUAGCGCACUAAACCCGGCAUGGCGAAAGGCCUUUGUUCACAUGAUCAGUAGUGUGUCGUGGACCGACGGACUCCCUAAUUCAGCUGCUGAGACAGCCAUUAUCACCAUGACGAAUGGGACCGGGUAUGCCAUGAGACAGCUGGCCCCAGAUUCUGGCGUAUACUACAUUGAGGCCAACUCUUAG